AUGGGCGUUCUCAGCGAGAGUCUCGCGCGCGAGGACUGGCGUUUCAUCGAAGGGCUGGAUGAUCGACAUCCAGACCGUGCCAUAUCGUACGAGCUCGCAGCAGAGGGUCUCCUCGUCAGAAUGUGGUCCAUCGACAACGUCAACACCGAUACCUACGGUCCAUUUGCCAUCGAUCCACAGCAGCGGACACGAGUCGAGGACUACAUCAAUCGAUUGAACAACACCCCUUGUCCACUGGGUGAGGGCUGUCCUAGCAAAGGCAUACCUCAAGAGAGCCUGUCAGCCCAAGACUGGGACGCUUUGAACAGGGCAGUGCACCGAAACGCAGAGACGACGUACGCCGUCACAGCGGAUGGUCUCGUUGUGAUAGAGCACAACAGCGAAGAGGACGGAGUCGACGUGACUCAUGGACCUUUCGCCGUCCAGCCUCAAUACCAGCAGCAAGUUGAAGACUACGUUCGCGCCAGGAACGCUUAG